GGAGGGUAGCGCACACACGAUUACCACAGUGGAGUUGACGUUUUCCCUCAGCACCAAAGCAAAACCAAAACAAAUCUGUUCUUACUAAAGAGAAGACUUCAGCGAGGGAUCAGGAAUCAAAACAGGAUCUAUCCCAGUCAGACGUGGUGUUUAUUACCUCCCAGUGGUCUGUGGUCCUCUCCCAGUGCUGAAAAAUGAGUCUGAGCACCAGUGAGCUGGAGGACCUGUGGGAGUCGUUGGGGGACCUCAACUUCUCCGAAGCCUUUAGCAACAUAACAAGUGUGGACACAAUGGUGUGUGCGACGGCUUUCAACCGCAAAGCUCUGCUCUACUCCAUGUGUGUCCUCUACACAUUUAUCUUCAUCGUCGGUUUGGCUGCUAACGCUCUGGUCCUCUGGGUAAACAUCCGUGCCCAAAGGGAUUCCAACCCUCGCCAUGAAACACACAUGUACAUUGCCCACCUGGCCAUCGCAGACCUAUGUGUGUGCGCCACCCUGCCUGUGUGGGUGAGCUCGCUGGCCCAACAUGGCCACUGGCCCUUUGGUGAGGUGGCGUGUAAACUUACACACCUGCUUUUCUCCGUCAACCUCUUCGGCAGCAUCUUCUUCCUGGCCUGCAUGAGCGUGGACCGCUACCUGAGCGUGGCGAAGCACGGAGACAACGAGAGAGGCACACGCAGGAAGCUGAUCCGCAGUGGAGUGUGUGUAGGGGUGUGGUUUCUGGCUCUGGUCGCCUCCCUACCAGACACCUACUUCCUGCGUACUGUGAAGUCAACACAUGGGGACACCAUGCUGUGCCGGCCUGUGUACCCAGAGGGAAACCCCAGGGAGUGGAUGGUUGGUGUGCAGCUGAGCUUCAUCCUGCUGGGCUUUGUUCUCCCCUUCCCUGUCAUUGCUGUGUUUUACGCCCUGCUAGCCGAGCUUUUACUCGCUCCUCCUCUCUCUUCUUCUUCUUCUUCUUCUUCUUCAUCGUCUUCCACAGUGGAGCAAGAGCGUCGUGUGAGCCACAGGGUGAUCCUGGCAUACAUCGUGGUGUUUCUGGGCUGCUGGGGACCCUACCAUUUUGUCCUCCUGGUUGAUGCCCUGUCUCAGCUGGGCCUGGUGCCUCUGACCUGUGGCCUGGAGAAUGUGAUCUACGUGGCCUUGCACCUAACCCAGUGCCUGUCCUUGCUCCACUGCUGUUUCAACCCCAUCCUCUACAACUUCAUCAACAGAAACUACCGCUAUGACCUCAUGAAGGCCUUCAUCUUUAAAUACUCCACGAGGACGGGUUUGGCACGCCUCAUCGACGCUUCCAACAUGUCUGAGACUGAGUACUCUGCUGUAGCUGUAGAAAACCCACCACAAAUCUGAGACAGCUUGUAAAUCUAAAUUACUCCAAAUGCAAUAUAAACGUAUGUUACAACUUUGUUCUUAUCAGAAUCUGUCAACAGGCAGCAUCAUUUGUACAGAAAUCUGCUUGAGUCAUGUAGAAAAGAUUGAAGACAGGCUAAUAUCAACGUUGAUGGAUCAAUUAUAAAAGCACUUACAAAGCCGUUUUAUUAUAACAGCUGAUACUGAAAACAUAUAUUUCAAUCAUUGUCACUCAUUUGUAAAGCCAAUACAGUGGCAAUAUAUGUGUAAAAUAUUUGCUUGUACUGUUGAUGUAGGAUUGUACUGUGCGUGUGAGUGUUUGUGUGAGUGGUGAGUAUAAUCUGACAGGCAUUGAAUAUCGAUAGUAUCUGUAGAGUAAUUUUGUGUCUUUUGUCUUUUUUUAAAUCAAUUUGUAUUUAUAUACUGUAUAUUUUAAAUGUUUUGCUUCCCUCAUGUAAAUCAGAGUCUUCACACACUGAUGUCUGCUCAGUGCUUCACUUCAUACAAUGCUACUUCAUCAUUUUAGUCGAGCUACUGAGUGGCUCAGUGUUUUAGUCCUGCUGUCUCUGUUAACCAUAACCUCAUGUCACAUCAGUUGAAUCCUUCAGACACAAAAAAAUUAAUUUAUUUUUCCUUUGACUAAGGUUUGUUAAUGUUCUACAAAGUGUGUGAUCUGGGUUAUAUAGUUAGAGGAAUAGUUUAACUAGCAGGAAAUGGGGAUGUCCGUGCUCUAAAUAUGAAGCUAAAGCCAGCUGCUGUUACACUUAGCUUAGAAUAAAACUAGAAACAUUGGAAACAGCACGUCUGGCUCUGUCCGAAGACAAAACAUUUUUUAAAAAUCUGUUUACCAGCACCUGCAAAGUCAAGUUGAAUUAACAUGUUAUAUUUGUUUGUUUCAUUCGUAAUAAAAACCACACUGUGGGGAGGAUUAUGUGCUGGACUAUUUAUUUGCUGGAGUCAGUAACUCUCUGUCGUCUGUCAGUCUUUGUACCCUGCUGAACUAAGACAAUCACAUGCUGGCUUUAGAUUCAUAUUUAGCAUUCAGACAUUAGAGUGGCACUGUAUUGACCCGCUCAUCUAAUGUAACUACCUGCAAGAAAGCAAAUAAGCACAUUUUACUAAAGUAGAAAGCUGAGGUGUUGUGCUUGCAUAUGAUACACUCGGCAAAUCAUUGCCUUUUGUUUUCUUUUGGUUCUAAAUAUUUGCAGUGUCUGGAGGCUUCAACUAGGACUACUGAGCUUAAAGAGCAGAUAGAUGUUGCUCCUGUAUCUUCUUAAAGUACAGUUUUAUGUUAAAUACUGUAUGGUCGUCAUAUUUUGCAUCAGUGCUAAUAGUGGAAAGGAUGCACAUGUGCACAUGCACAUCCAUGUGGUAAUAUUCCUGCUGCAUCAGCCCACAGGCCACAGAUGACUUAAACCUUUAUGACCAAAUAACUUAAAAGAAUAGCCUAACUACCUGUUUGUAAGCAGCAGCUGUGGUAUGUUACAACCAAGUGUUUAUUAGGGACCAAAUAACAAAAGAACAUCUUUAGUUUAGAGUCGUGUGUGUGUGUGUGUGUGUGUGUUUGAGUGCCACAGCUUGACUCCCAGAAGUGACGUUUUGCUGAGUAUUGAGUUAUACAGUUUACUCACUGUCUGUUGUAGGAAGCAACAUAUCCUUUUGAUGCGCUGACAUAGAGCACAUUGUGUCAUGUGAUUGGUUACACAUGUAUGCUUUUACACUGAGAAGAUUUCAUGUUGCAAUCAGAAAAGACUGGGGGUCACCAACAUGUGUCGACAAGAACAGAGGCAUUCCUUUGGUAUUGUAAUGUGUAACAUGUGUUUUGUUAUGUAUUAAAC